CUUACGGUAUUUUGCUUUGUUGAAUUUUUUCUCUCUAAUCAUUGAGCUCAAAUGCUCAAUUAUUUAGAAUAUUCUGGUUUUCUCUGGAAACUAAUUUUAUUUUAUUUUAACAAAUGGGUUCUUACAACACAGUCAAAGGUUCAAGUUUAAUGAGACAGAAACGACAAAGUAUGUGACUCUCUCUGUCUUCGAUAUUGAACUACUGAACCGAUCGCAUGAAGAAAAAAUUGGCAACUUGGCAUCCCAAUUCCCAACCCAAUCUCUCUAGAUUAACUAAACUCUUUCUUGUUCUGAUUAUUCUAUAUCUCUCUUCUAUUUAGCACCACUUUCAACAACUAAUCAUCCUCUUCUUUUUUUUUUUUCCUCUUUUUUUGGGCGGUCAACGCCCUCUGCAUUUUCCACUUCAACCAAAUCCAUCUCUUUCUUCUUCUUCUUCUUCUUCUUCUCCAAAUGGGUCGCAAGCACGAUGAAAAAAGUACCAUUCUUUACAACCGUUUGAUCCUUCUCUUAGUCUCCUUUGCUUCCUGCGGUUUCGUCUACUUCUUCCUCUCUGCGGUCCUCACCAAAAACUCGUCCAUUUCUUUGUCUGGGUCGUCGUCGUUGGCAUUGGUCGGAGAAGGAGGUGGUGGAGGAUGCUGCAGAGGGAUUGAGAAUUUGGAGCUAUGGGGUGCUGCAGUGAAGUGGGGUUCUGAUUUUAAGUUCAACAGCUCCGAAGAUUGCUGCAACGCUUGCAAAUCAAUGUGCACCGGUAAUGAUGGACCAUGCCUCUGUGACACGUGGGUGUUCUGUGGGAACCGUGAAGCUUGUGGAUCCAAGUUCGGUGAGUGUUGGUUGAAGAAGCAGAAGGACAGCUUAGCCCCUGAAAAGCAAGAUGGUGGGCCUCCAGGGGAAGAAAAUUAUUGGAUUUCUGGUCUCAUCUUUGGAAAAGGAGAGGGUAUUAUUGCAAUGGAAACUGAAUUUGGAACUCUUCAUAUGAAACUUUUCCCUGACUGUGCUCCACACUCAGUUGCCUACAUUCUAGAGUUGUUGGCAUUGCGCCACUGUGCAGGUUGCCAAUUUUACCGUGCAGAGAGCCGAGGUGAAUCAUGGGAUUCAGAAGGAAACCACAUAAAAAAUGCUGCUUUUGGUCCCCCUUAUGCAAAGAAGGGGCUCAGUUGCAUGGAUUGGUCCUGGCCCAGAAUUCUUUAUUAGCUUAGCUAACCAUGCAGAGUGGAAACAUGAAUACACUGUCUUUGGUUCUGUUCUUCCAGAAGACUUGCAUGUUGCUGAGAAAAUUGCUACCCUCCCUACAGCAUCAGAUGUUUGGAACAACAUUAAUGUCACCGUUUUGAAAAGCCCUGUCCCCUUGUCGCUUGGUAGAAUCAAGAAGAGACAUGAAGAUUGAAAAAAGACAAGCCAAAGUUGCUAUUGCAUACAAGGAUUGCAAUUCUUUUUGGUUUGAAAAGCUCACACUUUUUUUUCUCCUUUCACAUCCUGUGUAUUAAACGUUUAUGUAACUUAGUCACUUUUUUAUAUUAAUAUCAAUAUUAUGUUAUUGGAUGAA